UGCGCCAUUUGUGACAUCGCUUUUCUCUCAGCAGGAAUGACUCUCAAAGACGUCACCCGGUAUUUUAAAAAUGUUAAUCGGUAUUACUUCAAUAAACAACAACACGGCAAGACGUUGUUUUUCUGUAUUUUUUAUUUUGUCGCUGUUAAUGGACGGUGUUUCUUGUAUUGAAUCGGUGUCAGUAAAUGAGGGAGAUUCUGUCACUCUGCACACUUCUCUCACCGACAUACAGAGAGAUGAUUUCAUUGAGUGGAGGUUUGGAGAUCAAUUGGAUCUUAUAGCUAUAAUCAACAGAGCGGCUAAUAAGAUUUUAUUAUAUGAUGCCUCUGAUGGGAGAUUUAAGGGCAGACUGAGUCUAAAUGAUCAGACUGGAGAUCUCACCAUCACCAACAUCAGAUCUGAACACACUGGAGUUUAUCAUCUACAGAUCAUCAGACAGAUGACUACAAACAAGAGAUUCAAUAUUAGUGGUGUGUUUAGUGAUACAGGAGGAGUGAAACAGGUGCCAGUGAUGGAGGGAGAUAUUGUCACUCUACACACUGAUCUCACUCACAUGCAGAAAUAUGACAAGAUAUUGUGGGUUUCUGAACCUGAAAAUACUGUCAUAGCUGAAAUUAAUAGAGUUGACAAUUUCUUCUUUCUAAAUGAUACCGCUGAAAAGAUAACUGUACGCAAACUGCAUUUAGGUCCUCUGCAAGGAGACCUCACCAUCAGAAACAUCGGAGCUGCACAGUCGGGACUUUAUCAAGUUAACAUCAUCAGCAGUACUUAUAGUAUACAGAAGAGAUUUAAUAUUAUUGUCUUUGAUGUACCUAAGCCAUUAUCAGUGAAGGAGGGAGGAUCUGUGACUUUACACACUGAUGUGCAAGGAGAUCAUACAAUAUGGUGGACUUCUGGCACCCACAUAGCUGAAAUAGACAGAAAGGCUCAGAUUAUCUCUAUACAUGAUGAUGUUCUUGACGGCAGAUUCAGAGACCGACUGCAGCUGAGUUUGACUGGAUCUCUUACCAUCACAAAUCUCAGAGGUAGAGAUACUGGACUUUAUCACCUUGAAAUCAGUGACAGCAGACACACCUUACACAAGAUGUUCACUUUGAAUGUUUGUGUCACAGAAGAAAAUGGAUUUUUAUUUGUUGCCUUUGGAAUCUGUUUGGUCCUGGUUAUUUGUGUUGCAAUGUUUUGUUGGUUUUUUAUUCGCUUUUGCCACAAAUCCUCUCGAAAACACACCUUAGUGCCACACUGACAAUCACCACAGGUCAUGCACCAGUGCUCUGGACAACCACUGACAUCCAGUAUACAUUGAGUCGACUACCACAAUCAAAAACAUCUUCAACAACUUUCCUGCUUUGAUUUGUAGCAACUUCUACAGUCUUCAAUCUGGAGUCGGUGUAGUAGACUUCAGUGUAUGUGCAUUAGGGAGACAUUUUAUGUUCCAGCCUGGGUAUGCCUCUCUAGAACACAUCUGAUCAGGCUUUUAAUGCCCUGACCAUUGGUAAAUUUAAAACAUUUGCAAGUUUAUGAUUUGAAUGAAACUGCAAGAGAAAUGUCAAAGCAUGCUAAAAUAUAAUUGAAGAUUUUUCACUAUCGCACCAAAAAGACAUAAUGAGGUAUCUAGAAUAUUGUAAAUAUUGCAAACAAACAAUGUAAUGUAAACCUUCCUGUAGAUCAUUGGUAAGAACAUUUCAUCAACAACGCAAGGUUGUGGGUUCGAUCCCAGGGGAUUGAAAAUACCUAUGUAAAAUGUAUAGGAUAAAGCAAUGUAAGUCGCUUUGGAUAAAAGCGUCUGCCAAAUGCAUAAAUGUAAAGAAAAUGUAAAUGUAUCUAGAAUAUUGUAAUAUUCUAUUGCAAGCAAAGUUUUUUUAUUUUGCUAAAGCUUUUAGGUAUGUUUCCUUGUUAUAUCUGUAAUGCAUCCUGUCUAUCUUUUUAGUUACUUCCUGUUUGUGCCACGUGUUCCGUAGUUUUCCCCUGGUUGUUUUUCCACCUGUCAAUUACAUUUUCAAAUGUUUUUAGGAGGUAUAAAGCUGGUUACUUGGUCCGUGUACGUUUUAUUCAUUUGAUAUCCUAUAUUAAAUAAAUUAAUGGAAACUGAAA